ACAUUUUCAUUUCUUAAUUCUUAGUUCAGAGAGCCGAGGUGUGUUUUGUGUAUCAAAAGAAAAUUUAAUUUUGCAUAAAAUAAAUAACAGUUCAAGAUGUCGACAUUAGCCGCUCCUUUAUCCGUUGCGGGAACAAGGCAUUCUGGGGCAUCAGUAAGAUCCCAAAACGUUAUGGCCGCAUCUGCAAUAGCAAAUAUAGUAAAAAGCUCUCUUGGUCCUGUUGGUUUGGACAAAAUGCUUGUUGAUGACAUCGGUGAUGUUACAGUAACAAAUGAUGGUGCAACUAUUUUGAAAAUGCUGGAAGUUGAACAUCCAGCAGCUAAAGUAUUAGUGGAACUAGCCCAGCUGCAAGAUGAGGAGGUUGGAGAUGGUACAACCUCUGUCGUCAUUAUUGCUGCAGAAUUACUCAAGAAUGCUGAUGAGCUGGUCAAGAACAAGAUUCACCCCACAAGUAUUAUCUCUGGCUACCGUUUGGCCUGCAAAGAAGCCGUCAAGUAUAUCCAGGACAACUUAACAGUCACGGUGGAGUCAUUGGGUCGAGCAUCUAUUAUCAAUGCAGCCAAAACUACAAUGUCUUCGAAACUUAUUGGCGCUGACUCAGAUUUCUUUUCUGAGAUGAUAGUAGAUGCAGCAAUGGCAGUUAAGGCGAUGGAUCCAAGAGGCAACACAAUAUAUCCAAUAAAGGCUGUUAACAUUCUAAAAGCACAUGGACGAAGUGCUCGGGAAAGUGUACUUAUUAAGGGUUAUGCCUUAAACUGUACAGUGGCAUCUCAAGCCAUGCCGAAGAAGAUUUUGAAUGCGAAAAUUGCUUGUCUGGACUUUUCUCUACAGAAAACUAAGAUGAAGAUGGGAGUACAGGUACUUGUAUCGGACCCAGAAAAACUUGAAGCAAUUCGCGCCCGCGAAUUGGACAUUACCAAGGAACGCCUGCAGAAGAUUCUAGCAACCGGUGUCAACGUAAUCCUGUGUACAGGAGGCAUCGACGACCUCUGUCUUAAGUAUUUCGUUGAGGCCGGAGCCAUGGGAGUGAGAAGGUGCAAAAAGGCUGAUUUGAAGAGGAUCGCUAAAGCCACAGGCGCUACUUUCCUCACCUCGUUGACUAAUAUGGAAGGUGAAGAAGUGUUUGAAAGCAGCAUGAUUGGGGAGGCGGCUGAAGUUGUUCAGGAGCAGAUAUGUGACGAUCAACUUAUUCUGAUUAAAGGGCCAACAGCCCGUAGCGCCGCGUCGAUAAUCCUGCGAGGGCCGACGGACGCGUACUGUGACGAGAUGGAGCGUUCAGCGCACGACGCACUGUGUGCCGUACGCCGCGUUCUGGAGUCAGGCAGGCUGGUGCCCGGAGGAGGUGCGGCCGAGGCUGCACUCUCCAUAUACCUGGAGAACUUCGCCACCACACUCAGCUCCCGCGAACAGCUGGCCAUCGCAGCAUUCGCCCAGUCCCUGCUGGUGAUCCCCAAGACGCUGGCGGUGAACGCUGCAAGGGACGCCACAGACCUCGUCGCUAAACUGCGCGCCUAUCACAACUCUUCGCAGACUAAGGUAGAACACGCCAACCUAAAAUGGGUCGGCCUAGAUCUGAACGAGGGAGUUUUACGUGAUAACCUAGCGGCCGGCGUGCUAGAACCUGCCAUCUCUAAGAUAAAGUCGCUCAAGUUCGCGACCGAGGCAGCCAUUACCAUCCUGCGCAUCGACGACAUGAUCAAACUGGACCCGGAGGAGCGGGGCAAAACUUAUCAGGAUGCGUGCAAUGCCGGGGAGUUAGACUAGUUUAUAUUAUCUUUAUGUCAUGAGGCAAGGCUUUUUUGUACUUCUAUACAGAGAACGGCGAAAAUCUUGAUAAAAUAUGUCAUUUGACUCCUCCUACUUACCGAUAAUAAAAGACGCAAUAGAGAUUAUUUUAUAUUGAUUUCAUGUAAUAUUCUUUUUUAAUAUGCUUUUACAUAAAUUUGCACAUUCAAAAUAUUUUGCAGUUUACAGUCGGCAAUUAAAUAUGAAAAAAAAAUACUGUAUGCAAUGUUAGAAGUUCCUGCCUUAAACCUAUAUUUAGCUAAGUGGAUAUAUCUUAUAUAUCUAUCGCAGGUGUUCUAUCAAGAUUUUUGUAAGUCUGUAUACUGUGUUUUCACGAUUGGACCCAGACAUUUAAAAUCAGCUUACUUUCUAAUCACAUCUGAAACUAUGUAUAGAUGCGGCAAACCAUACAGUUUAAAAAUCUUUGAUAAUGAUUCACAAAUGUUUAUUUAUUUUUAUACAAGAGUGUGGUUUUGGUUCUUUGAAUUUAUAAUUAUUGUCAAAAUACCGACGUAACUGGGUGCAAUUUCUAACAAUCGUCAAAAUGCUUGAGUUGAAUAGAUAUUAUGUGGAACAUCACACUGAACUGUCAAAAGUUACGUUUAAAUAUGGCGGCAGCAGUUCUUAUUCCGUUUAAUAUCUAACUGGUGGAAACAUAAGUCAAGUAAGGCAAAUAAUGCAAUUUUAAAAUGUUAUAACUUCCUAACAAAUUAUAUUUUAUUAUGUAUGGAAUAAGAAAUAUCAUUACAGAAACAGGUUUGCUACCGAACCAAAUCCAGUGCCUCCGAUGUGAUCUUAGAUCUAGCAGUAAAAAAUACUCUGCUACUGUUGUCAGUAGCACAAAGUGCUUCAACAUAGUAUUACCAGACUGAUGAAAUGUUAUGUUACUUAUGGUAUUUUUAUCUGAAAGAAAACUUAAUUUAGUUUACUUUUUCAUGCUGGGAGUCUGUUUUCUUUACAUUAUACAAUAAUGUGUAUAAGAUGUGUUGUAUGGUUUUAAUUAUUGCUUUUAACACUUAAAUGCUAGUUUAUGUUCGCUAGGGCUAAAUGCCGUCACAAUAAAUUAAUUAAUAUUAAUUAAA